CUAGUGGGGGAGCGGUGCGCGUCGAGGGAGCCGACAACGCCCCGAGAACGAGAACUCCUGUGCUGUGCUGCCCCUCUCUCUCUCCCCCCACUGAGUCUCCUGUGCUGCCCCCGCUGACCUGCGGCCACCGACGGCGAGUGGAGGCGGACGACGGGUUCCCGCCGCGGGCUCUUCGGCGGCGCCGCGUCAGGGCUCGCGCGGGCUGGUGCUGAUUUGAGGGAGAUUCGGGGCCGGGGCCGGAGCCGGCGCGGCCUCUGGGGAUGGGGUGGCUUUCCUGCUGCAAGCGGUCGAACGGGGCCCAACCCGGCAGGAAGAAGAAGAAGGACACGACAUGGCGGAUCUUCUCACUCAAGGAGCUUCAGUUGGCGACCAACAAUUUCAACUACGAUAACAAGCUUGGUGAAGGUGGAUUCGGCAGUGUCUACUGGGGCCAGCUCUGGGACGGAUCACAGAUUGCGGUGAAAAGGCUCAAGAGUUGGAGCAACAAGGCUGAAAAGGAGUUUGCUGUCGAGGUCGAGGUUUUGGCACGAGUGCGGCAUAAGAGCCUCUUGAGCUUACGUGGAUAUUGCGCUGAAGGCCAGGAGCGCCUGAUAGUCUACGACUAUAUGCAGAACCUGAGCUUGCACUCUCACCUGCACGGACAGCAUGCAGCUGAAUGCCAUCUUGGUUGGGAGCGAAGAAUGAACAUCGCCAUUGAUUCGGCUGAGGGCAUCGCUUAUCUUCAUCACCAUGCGAUCCCACAUAUCAUCCAUAGAGACGUCAAGGCGAGCAACGUUCUCCUGGACGCGAAUUUCCAAGCACGGGUCGCCGAUUUCGGGUUUGCAAAACUCAUACCAGACGGUGCGACCCAUGUCACCACAAAGGUGAAAGGCACGCUCGGUUACCUCGCGCCGGAGUAUGCGAUGCUUGGCAAGGCCAAAGAAAGCUGCGAUGUCUACAGCUUCGGAGUGCUCUUGCUAGAGCUUGCCAGCGGAAAGAAGCCAGUCGAGAAGAUAAACCCUACGACAAAGCUCACCAUCACCGAGUGGGCGCUUCCACUCGCUCGCGAGCAGAAGUUCAAGGAGAUGGCUGACCCGAAGCUGGGGGAUAGCUUUGUCGAGGCCGAGGUGAAGCGGAUGGUGCUCGUCGGGCUUGCUUGCACUCAGACCAAGCCAGAACAGAGGCCGGUGAUGUCCGAGGUUGUGGAGAUGCUCAAGGGGGAAUCUGCCGAGAAGUUCUCCAUCUUGGAGAAUGAUCUGUUCAAGCCUCAGCCGACCAGCUCUGUCCAGGGCACCUCUGGCCCCUGCAGCUCGGACGCCAUCACCGAAGAGAAGGAAUCGAAAGAGGAUACGAUCGAGGAGGCGACUGAUUCGAGCGAGACGGUGCCCUCAGCUAGGUAGUGUGAUGCACAAAGGUGUGUAUAUCCCUUCCUGGGAUGUGUGUGGUUUGUGUAUGUCUGCGUAUGGUUGUUUCUUGUUGUUGGAUGGUUACUUGGGCCCUUCACCAGUCCAGAGAUGUACUUGUGGUUCCUUGUAUUGUUGAUUUCUUUUGGCAAUGGUUGUGAUGUGGCUUGUAAGAUUCGUAUUGGACUGAUUCCGACAAUAACAAGUCGUUCAUGUGUUCCUGUACUCA